CAAGAUUCUUAAAUAUUUAAAUAAAUUGUAAUUAUAAAUCGUCCUUAAAUUAUAUAACUAAAAUUUUCAAGAAAAUGCGAUUCAUUAUAUUCCUAUGCAUCUUUGUUUUUAAAGCCAAUCCAAUUCCAAGUGAAUUUUCAAGAAAAUGAGAUUAAUUCUAUUCCUAUGCAUCUUUGUCUAUAUCAAAGCCAAUCGGACUCCAAGAGUUAUAACGACUGAGUUCAAAAAACUAUGUUGGGCGAAACAUAUUGAUGAUUAUCCUAACUUUUUCAAUAUACGUAUUACUAGAGAUGUAUUCGAGUUUUUGGAUUUAUAUCUUAGUAGAGAAGAUAAUAAUUCAAUAGUAUCCAUUAUCCAAGGGGGUGAUAGGAACCUAGAUAAAUAUUCGUCAAAUAAUAUUACCAACAAAACGUUGAUUUUAUUUGACGGGCUUCAAUUAUUAAACUUAGUGCGGUUGAACGAACUCAAUUUAACAUUAAACAUUACAGCUAAUUUCGAGAUUGAUUUGAAAAGCAUUGGUGCAACAAUUAUAUUCUGUAUGUUGCCUUUAAAGAAUAUUAUGACAAGCAUGUGUAUGGAAUUCAUGAACACAAAUCUUACAAUAACAGUUAGGAAUCAAAAUGUAUCGUUAAAAUUAAUAUAUUACAACUUCACAAGUUUAGCCGCAUAUCCAAAUUAUUUAUUCUAUCGAUUAUCAUGGAGCUUACCAACGGGGAAUUUUUUUCAAUAUCAAUAUUUAGGUGGAAUUAUAAAUAUUUCUUCCAUUGUAACUCACUGUAAUUAAAUUUUACAUGAAGCAAAUUAUCUUUAUUAUUAUA